CCCAAUAGCUGCUUUGAAAAUUGAUAUGCCUACUUGAAGUUGGAUGAGAACUUGGUGAUAUUCACCUUGGCCAACAUCUCUUCCUUUUCCCUGUCAUAUUCACAGACAAACCCUUUUCAAUCAAAUUCUUUGGAACUGGAUUUCAAUCCAAGGGAGUUUCUAUUUUGGUGGUUGGUUUCCAAUCAGCAUAUCAACUCACUGUUCUUCCUUGACACCACUGCAACUAAAGCCAUCAAUCCUUCUUUGUGUAAUUCCUCGUCAGGCAAGCUGGGAAUGCAAAACCAGUUGAAGAUGGAGAAAAACACGAUUAGUUGGUAUAAAUUGGAAAAAAUGGUAGUCGGGAUUGGAAGCUUCAAAGGAAUAUUGCAUUUGAAUCCAUCAACAUGUUUCCCGCAUUACCUUCAACAACCUAGGCGGCGUGCCAAACAAUAGUGUCAUUGUAGGGAAGUUCUAUUUAAUCGCGCAGAGUGGAAGCCCUGUUCAACAUCAAGAUACAAUUGUUUUGCAUUGCUGUCUGGGUUUCAGACCUAUUCGCAUAGCUGUCACUGGCUUUCAGACCAAUUUUGUGUUGCGGUCACAGGCUUUCAGAUUAUGAUCACUGGCGGCGCAUACUUAAUGAAUCUAUAAAAAAUCGCACAUCAAUAAUUUAGGGCUGAUUUCUAUACCACAAUUGAAGGUUCUGCUUUACAAACUCAACAAGAAGAAACAUGCCAUCAUGCUCUCCAAGAGAGUUAGGGACUAAAUUGUCACAAUCAAGUACGGAUUUGAUUGCAACAGGUGGACAGGAUGGUGGAAAUACAACAUCCUAUUCUCAAAGAGCAAUGGAAACUGAAACAGUGGACGUUGUUGUGAAUUUGAAUGCAAGUCAUGGACAAGGUGAAACCACACCAUUAGGCACUCCAAUAGCAAUGGAAGCUAAAAUGAUUGUCUCAGACGACGAUUUCAAUGCUGGAAACACCACAUUAAGCGCUCCAAGUGCAAUGGAAACUGUGAAUGUUGAGUCAAGUAGAGGGUUGAAUGCAAGACAUGGAGAGGGUUGUGAACAAGAUGAAACCAUAAAAUUAGGCACUCCAAGUGAAAUGGAGACCAAAAUGAUAGUCUUAAGUGAGGAUUUGGCUGUUGGAAAGACCUCAUUAAGCACUCUAAGCGCAAUAGAGAUUGUAACUGUUGAGUCUAGUGGGGACAUGAUUGCUGGAAAGACAACCUCAGGCACCACUCCAAGAGUAGAGGAGAUGGAAUUGGUGGAUGCAGGUGGAGAUUCAAUUGCAGAACAAAAUCAGUGGACGUUGUCACAAUCAAGUAUGGAUUUGAUUGCAACAGGUGGGCAGGAUGGUGGAAAUACAACAUCGUACUCUCAAAGAGCAAUGGAAACUGAAACAGUGGACGUUGUUGUGAAUUUGACUGCAAGUCAUGGACAAGGUGAAACCACACCAUUAGGCACUCCAAUAGCAAUGGAAGCUAAAAUGAUUGUCUCAGACGAGGAUUUCACUGCUGGAAACACCACAUUAAGCGCUCCAAGUGCAAUGGAAACUGUGAAUGUUGAGUCAAGUGGAGGGUUGAAUGCUAGACAUGGAGAGGGUUGUGAACAAGAUGAAACCAUAAAAUUAGGCACUCCAAGUGAAAUGGAGACCAAAAUGAUAGUCUUAAGUGAGGAUUUGGCUGUUGGAAAGACCUCAUUAAGCACUCUAAGCGCAAUAGAGAUUGUAACUGUUGAGUCUAGUGGAGACAUGAUUGCUGGAAAGACAACCUCAGGCACCACUCCAAGAGUAGUGGAGAUGGAAUUGGUGGAUGCAGGUGGAGAUUCAAUUGCAGAACAAAAUCAGGAUCAUGGACAAGACAACGAGACAAAAUUUAGCAUUUCAAGGGAAAAAGAGACAGAAACAGUGGUCUUUAGGGCUGAUUUGAUGGGAACGCUUAAGCCAAUCUUUGGAAAAGGUGGAAACAGAACAUCAGGCACUCCAAGAGCAGUGAAGAAUAAAAUGGCAAAGACAAACGUGGAGUCAAUUACUAGAUGCAAAAGGGUUUGUGAACGAGGUGUAAUAGAAAAAGGUCCAUCAUCACCUGAAGGAAAAGCUACAGACAAGAAAAGAGAGUCACCUUUUCCUGAAAGAGCAAGUUCAUCUAAACGAGGUGCUAGAAGAGGCAUGCAGGGUACACUGAACCAACCUACUCAGAAGAGGGCAAGAAUACAAGAAAAAAACAACGAAAUUUGUGAUCCUGGACCAAGAUCAAUAAUGGAAGAAGGUCCAUCAUCAUUGCCCGAAAGACAAGCAACAAACAACAAAAGAGGUUCACUUUGGCUUGAAAGAGUUAGGUCAUGUACACGAGGCACAAAAAGGGGCAUGCAGGAUACGUCAAGCCAACCUACUCAGAAGAGGGUGAGAAUAGUAGAACAAAACCAAGAAGUUAAUAAUCCUGGACCAAGCUCAAUAAUGGAAAAUAGUCCGUCAUCACUUGAAAGACAAGCAGCAAACAAGAAAAGAGGUUCACCUUCAUCUGAUAGAGUACGGUCAUGUAAGAAAACAACGUUUUUAUGGUUGAUAGACUCUAAGAUUAUUAAGGAAGAUGAACGAGUAAGCUAUAGGAGUGACACAAUUGAAAAGCCAUUAGCAGGAAGGAUUACUAGGGGUGGAAUUCUCUGCAGCUGUUGCCAGGAGGAGAUAUCAAUGUGGACCUUUGAGAACCAUGCUGGAAGUACUCUUAGACAGCCCUAUAAACAUAUUUACAUUCACAGAAAACGCAAAACCCUCCGAAAAUGCUUGAUUGAUGUUUGGCAACAUGCCCGGGAACAAAAGCGUCGGCAAAUGUUUUUGUUUGUGCCAAAAGAAACUGAUGCAGACCAAGAUGAUGAUGUUUGUGCAGUCUGUGGUGAUGGGGGAGACUUAAUCUGUUGUGACAGGUGUCCUUCCACAUAUCAUCUAUCUUGCAUAAAUAUAGAGACGGUUCCCCAAAAUGAUUGGUUUUGUCCAUAUUGUGUAUGCAAAUACUGUGGGCUGGUUGUGGACCUGGUUGUUGAGAAAAAAAGAUACUAUGAGAAAAAAGAAGGCUUCAAGUGCUCCCAAUGUGACAAGAAGUAUCAUUGGGAGUGCUUUGAAAAAUAUGAAAAAGAUUCCUCAAAACUAACUAAACCUUCAAGAUCAUAUUGUGGGCGAGGUUGCCAAGGGAUAUAUGCAAAAAUGGGAGUAUAUCUCGGAAUCAGAAAUGAUUAUUCGGCAAAAUACUCUUGGAGGGUUAUCCGCCUAAUGGAGACAUACAAGAACAAUCCUGCAUAUAUGAAUCUAUUCUUAGAAAACAAUUCAAAGGUUGCACUUACUUGGAUGCUAAUGAAUGAAGCUUUUGAGAAAAUAACUGACAGGAAAACAGGCAUCAAUGUGGUUCGAAGUAUUGUUUACAGCUGCAAGUCAAACUUAUCCAGGAUUGAUUUUAGCCGUUUUUAUAUGUUUGUUCUGGAGGAAGAUGAUGCGAUAAUUGCUGCAGCUUCUAUAAGAUUUCACGGGUCAAGGAUUGCAGAAAUGCCACUUAUUGCAACAGAAAUGACACGCAGGGGCCAAGGAGUUUGCCAGGAAUUAAUGAGGGUAAUUGAAUCGUUCCUAUGCAAUCUUAAAGUCAAAAACUUGAUAAUUCCAUCUGCUGUGGAGACUUGUGAUAUGUGGAAGCGCAAGUACAACUUUACUGAGGUGAGUGAAGAGCUGAAGAAAGAAAUAUCCUCCUAUAAAAUUGUAAUGUUCCCUUGUGCUGUAAGACUGUACAAGGACUUGUCAGCAAGCAUAGCAGAAAUUAAGAUUGACCUGGAACCACAAACAGAGCAUGCAGAGGUUACUGCUAGACUUGAGCAUGGACCCUCUCACCAGGAAGAUUAGAAGAAGUGAAACAGUCGUAGUGAUGGGAGGUUCAUACUCUGGCUGAUACAAAGAAACUUAAGGCUUAAAUCUUAGAAGGGCCCUUCCAAAAAUUAUUGGUGACUAUUGACUGCUACCUAUGUAUUGGUCUGGGUUCCCCAGUUUUUAACUUUGAUUGGUAAAUUAGACUUACUUUUGGACUAAUAAGGUAUGUUUGUUUUAUCUAAACAUUGUUUCAUGGUGUCAGAAAACCUGGUCCAGGAUUUCAAAAAUUGCAGUUGACUUAGCUCAACUCAACCCAAGUCUCUGAUAUAGGAUUUCAAUUACAACAAUAAAAUUUUAUCUCAUUAAGUGAUGUAUGUUACAUUGGUUGCUAUUGACUUUAAA